AUGUAUCGUGGACAGGCACUCGCGGAACUGUAUGGCCGCAUUGUAGGCCUUCGUGAUAUUAUUGAGCAGCCGAAUGCCAACCAAUCACCGUUUGUCCGCUUUGCAAUCAGUGCACUGAACGGCACCUUCAAGGAUGAUAUAUUCUUGGGAUUGGUUGAAGCUGUAAUGCUUAAGCACGACAAGCUCGAACGUGGUGUUGGAAUGCAGAACCUCAAAUAUGCACCUGCAUUUGACGAAUUUAUGCAUAUCAUCAACAUUCACAGUCCGAAAGCCUAUCGGUUCAUUACGCAGAGUUUACCUGGUCGCAGUGAGCGUAGCUUCAGAUAUAAUGAAGCACGUCAACCUCAGUUUUCUCUCUGCAAGAAAAAGUUGGGUUUUGCUGAUGUAGACGAGCACCUCAAAGUACUUGACUAUGAUGGUCCUUUGGGUCUUAGCUGCGAUGACACGAAGCUGCAUCCCGCAUUUCGGCCCUACUAUGACAAGGAGAAGGACGGCUUCUACAUAGCCGGGGGCACGGGAGAACCUCUCCGUGUUGCAAAUCCGAAGGAGUUCACUGACGCCGUCUCACAAGGACGCUUACAGAAAGCGACAAAAGUUCGGCUCUGGUGCUUGCAAAUUCCAUUACCCAAUAUCGCUCCAAUUAUUCUGGCUGCCCUCCCAAUCUCGAAUAAUGUUCGGGCACCGGAGUUAUUUCUAUACUUGGAGCAGAUCUUGACCGGCCUUCAUGAACACCAGAUUAAGGUGGUCUCAUAUGCAUGUGAUGGCGCCACGAUCGAGCGCAACGUACAAUCCCUCUUCCUCGAGACAUCCUCGCAUCACCUCUCGUACAAGAUUAAACAUCCUGUCCGAGGGUGUGCUGCUCUCGACUUCUCGAUUUCAUGCUUUAACGACACAGGACAGCCCAUCGUAAUGCUGCAAGAUCCCAAGCAUGGGAGCAAGACGAUGCGGAACAAUGCCUUCUCCGGCGCUAUUUUACUGAUUCUGGGUAACGAACCAGUCAUGUACCCUCUAUUUCGCAAGAUCGCCUUUGAGGAUGGUCCAUUGUUUCGCCGUGAUGUCGAGAAGAUAGAUCGCCAAGACGACAAUGCUGCUUGCCGUCUUUUUGCCGCUGACACUGUUCAAUGGCUCACGGAACACAAUGUCGACGAACACCUUGGUGUGAUUGUUUACCUAUUUGUCUUCGGAGAGCUGAUGGAUGCCUACCUGAGCCGACAUCUGUCUCACAUCGAGCGAAUCAGGCUGGCUCUACGGGCAUUCUUCUUCAUGGAUAUGUGGGAAUCCUUCCUCGAAAGGGCUGGCUACUCCAAAGCAAAACAUUUUAUCUCACCUCAAGCACGCGCUAUCGUCGGCAUACUGAUACGGGGGAUCAUUCAACUUGUAUAUGUCUAUCGUGAUCACCUCAACGGCCGCUACCCACUCAUGCCUUGGUUGUUGACAACGGAAACAUGUGAACACGUCUUCGGGCUCUGCCGUGUGAUAGUCAAGGACUUUACAAUGCUUGACUUUGUAUAUAUGGUGCCCAAACUGCUGGUACAGCUUCAAGAAUCUGCGUUGAAGUCCAGGUGCUCGAAUGCCAAUGGGAAAGCGCGUGCCCAAGGGUACAAUCAUACUCACACAGACUCUCGCGGUGCUGAUUUAGCUAACCUGCGCACCUUCCCAUCGGAUGAAGACAUCAAUGCUAUGGCUAUCAUUGCACAUGAGGAAGCUCAGAGCCUCUUCGCUCUGCUUGGUGUUUUUCCUGAAACAGUGUCAUCUUCGACACACUCAACACCAAGUUGGUCAGUUGGACCAGCUGCUGCGGGAUGCUCCGGGGAGGACGAAACUGACAGUGACUAUGUCUCCGACACUGAAGAUGGUGAGCAGGAGGCUGAGCACCUCGAUGGUAUACUUGCCGCUGUGGAAGAAAUGGAAUUUAGCACUGAAAGACGCGAAGAUGAGGUACGGAAGUUGACUCAUGCGGCUAUCUCUCUUUCCGUAGAGGAAUCAAUGAAAAUAGCAUCACUGGUGGAGUGGGAAGAGCACGAAGAGGAAGAAAUAUUAGCUGAUGUGGCAAAUGUCAUCGAGCAUUGCCUCACAGAGAGCCGCGGUCCAGCGCUGGACAGUUCAUCUCCAUCCGCAGACUAUGCACUCCAAUCCAGCUUCGAGGACGCUGUCGACGUGGAUAUUAGAGAGCUCGUAACGCUUCGGCGUAGCCAUCAAACGAAGCAGGCCGCAUCUGGUGUACGGACUCGAGGCCAGACAGACGAUGCAGGUCAAUCACCGAGACGGCUAUUGCUGCGCCAGUUUCAAGACAUCAUUAAACAGGAGCAAGAGCGCGGAGUCGGAAGUGGAUUGGAGCGUGCGGCAAGAUGGAAGAAUCCUGGAAUAAGUGGAAGUUCAGAAGACACCUCGACGAGUACUGCCGCUGAUCGCGAGAAGUCAGGUAACGCGGCCAAUGCUGCAGCUGUUGCAACAUCCCAAGCCAAAAAGCUCUUGACGCGACGACGAGGAGUGUACAAGAGUGUUGAACAUUUCAACUUGGCCGUGCUGCAAGAAGGUGGCGUGUCAUCUAUCGCGCCAUUGUGUCCGGCCAAUUCCAGUCAAGGAGGACCCGGGUUCGCUUUUUUCCUGCUGGAGAAUUCAGUGAAGUUAGGUCGUGUCUUGUCCAUUUACACGAAAGGCGGAGGCAAGCACGGGAAACACUCAUGGGUACCGAGCAUCUCGCUCGUUACUGCGGCAUCUUACAUUGCGAUACAAGUGUUCGAUUACGCUUUUGGACGCCAGUUCGCUGCUAUCCCUCAAAAUGCCGUCAGGGGACAGAUGAAGCACUAUGCACAUGUCUCCCCUGGUACUUUGCUUUGCAUGCUUGACACGGCUCCGAAGACCUUGACAGCCAAAGUCGAGAUAUCCGCGAGCGACCUCCAACGCUACAAGACCUUGACUAACGAGAAUGCGCUGCGGGCGAUUCAAACUGCUGUAGGGCAGCUCGGGAAACCACCGCGGCGUACCCGCGACGCUGCGGUAGAUUCGGACGAGGAAACUUGA